AUGGAACCAACCCAACAGUUUCUAUGGAAAUCGGACUUUUCGGAGCCAUCAGAAUCCUCUUCGCAGUCAAUGAUGUCAGUGACGCUUGGUAGAGCAAUGACCGCUCUGCUCUCCGCUCGCCCCAGAAAGCUAAACGACGCCGUUUCUCGACUCUCCCCUCACCCCCUCAACUCAAUCGGUCACAUCUCCAUUUCAGCUUCUCUCGAUGACUCCCUGCGGUUCUUGCACAAGUACCUAAACGACGCCGCUGAGAAGAACGAGCCCCUCCACGAAAUUCUCAUCCCCAUGCUUGAAAAUUCAUUGCGGUACAAGGACACGAAGAACGGUGGCCAAUCCAUGGUGCUUUUGAACUGGCUUUUUCAAGACGAUUUUCUCUUCCAAGCUAUUGCAACGGACUUGGCUAAAGUUAUUUCGACGAAAGAUGAUCGCUUUAUAGCGCUUGGCUGGUGUACCCUUGUGCGUGCUCUUUUGGACCACGAGACUGCUAUGACCCAGUUUCCCAUGAAUGGAAUAAUGGAGAGGUACGGUGAUUUGUUGAAGAUACUCUCUUCGUGUAUUCCGCACCUGUCGCAUAUUGUCGAAAAAGGAAGCACUUUGCAGGAAGGACAUGAACUGCCAUCUCGGCUUGCUGUCUCUGCUGCUGAUUGUUUUUUAGCUCUCACAAAAGCAUUGACAAAAAAAGCAAAGGUUGCAAGUAACAAGCCCAAAUUGUCAGAUUCAAAUGCACCAAAACGACAGCUUACUUUAGUGGCCAUUGACAGUGGAGAUAAGAAAGCAAAACCAGCUUCUGAAUCUUUAGUAACCUCAAAUAUGGAAAUGGAAUAUAUACUCUGGGAUCAUUUAGAGGAACUUAUUUGUCUCGUGCAGAAACUCCUUGCUUGGAGCAGAAAAAGCCGAUCUUUACAUGCCAAAGGAUUGGAGCAAGUGCUUCAGUGGUUACUGGAGAUAAAAGGGCAUUAUCGCCACUUUGAAGUUGAGGCAGGUUCGAAGGUUAUCAAAACUGGAGCAUUGCUACUGUCUUCUUGUUGGAAGCAUUAUGGCAUGCUAAUGCACUUGGAAGAUCAGAAAUUUUCCCAUCAUUACAAAGAAUUAUUGGACCAAUACUUAGCAGGCAUACAGCUUUAUGCAGAUAAUUAUGCAGGAGGGCAUCCUGAGAAUAAGGAUGGUGUAUCAGAAUAUGGGAUGAGGAUAUCACAUGCUCUUUUACCACAGCUCCAUUCUUCUGAUGAUGAUGUGGUAGACGGGGUUGUUUGCAUACUCAAAGCAGUCAUUUUUAAGCCAAAAUCAUCUGGAAGCAGUCUCACUGACACUAGAGAGGUGGAUGCUAUGCUACCAUUGCUGAUUCACCUUCUAGAUGAACGGGAUGGCACAGCUAGAGCUGUUGUUAUGCUUAUAGCAGAAUAUUGUUUGAUGAGCAAAGACAGUCAUUGCUUUGAAGAAGUUCUGGAGCGCCUUACUUCUGGAAAUGUUCAACAGAGGACGAAUGCCCUUGAUGUUAUAUCAGACCUCAUUUGUAUGUCGUCAGAUUCAAAGGACAAACUUUCCCAGUUAUCAUGGCAAGAUAUUGCAAACCAUUUGCUUGAGCGACUUGAAGAUGAAGAAAUUGCAAUUCGGAAACAAACAUCCACUUUGCUUCCAAUGAUUGACCCUUCAUUAGUUUUGCCUUCUUUAGUUCAUCUAAUUUACUCAUCGGAUGAAAGAUUGCGAUCAACUGCAAGUGAUGCCUGUGUUGGGGUGCUCAAAUAUCAUAGCCAGAAUGCUGAAGUUAUAUGUAUGCUGCUUGACUGUCUUAGCAACCUCAGCCAAAGCAUAGAUCUUCAGACCACUGCAGGGGUUGUAGGAUCGAAAUUUGAUAGUGAUCGAGUGCUUAGGCUGAUCCCAGAGUGGUCUAAAAGUGUUCAAAGCUGGGACGUCUUGAUUGGACUGUUGAUUGAGAAGAUGUUUGCAGAGCCAUCAAAUGCAACAAUUGUCAAGUUUUUGAGUUAUAUAAGUGAGCACUUGGCAGAAGCUGCUGAUGCAGUCCUCUCUUGUGUUCUAUUGCAUGCUAAGCGACCGAAAGAGACUGAUGAAAACAGCUUUUCUGGAAGGGAGUGUCAAACCUAUAGAAGUGAUGACUCUGAAAAAAUGCAGCAGACCCUUUUUGAACACCUUUGCCCACUACUCAUAAUUAGGAUGCUUCCACUGAGAGUCUUUAAUGACCUUAAUUCAUCCAUAGUGUAUGGACAACUUUUCAAUCAAGGCAUUUUUCACGACUGUGGAGAUAUCAAUGCCAUCAGUGAGGAUUGUGUUACCAUUCUUCUUUUGAAAAGGACAUUUUGUGAGUUUGAAUUCAACGAUGUACGGAAACUUGCUGCUGAGCUCUGUGGGCGUCUUCAUCCCAAAGUGCUAAUUCCAGUUGUCAGCUCCCAGCUAGAAAUUGCUACAGGUUCUCAGGAUAUACUAAAGAUUAAAGCUUGUCUGUUUUCAGUUUGCACUUCCCUUGUGGUCAGAGGCAGGGAAUCACUUUCUCAUCCUUUAAUGCUCAAAAUCAGAAAAACAUUGGAGACAAUGCUUUUAUGGCCUUCUGUUGAUGGGGAUGAAGUAUCUAAAGCACAGCAUGGGUGCAUUGAUUCCCUGGCACUGAUGAUAUGUGCUGAGCUGCAAGAUCCAGAAUCAUUUAGCAUUGUUGGGGAGAAAGGUGAUGCUUCAUCAGGAAACUCCGUCCUCACCUAUGUGAUCAAUAAACUUAUACAAGAUAACCACCAACCUGUUUUAUCAUCCAACUUGGAUGAUGUGAAAUGCUCGUCUGAGGUGCCAGUUACACUCUCAUUUUAUAUGUGCAUGGCUAAUGUUCUCAUCAGUGCUUGCCAAAAGAUAUUGGACUCAGGAAAAAAGCCUUUUGUUCGAAAAACUCUUCCAUGUCUCAUCCAUUCUGUUAAGGUCAUGACGAACUCAGAGAUAAGAGCUGCAUGCAUUCAGGUUCUCUUUUCAUCUGUGUACCAUCUGAAAUCUACAGUUCUUCCUUACUCAGCUGAUCUUCUUGAAGUCUCAUUAAAAGCUCUUAGAAAAGGAUCAGAGAAGGAAAGGAUGGCAGGUGCAAAGCUAUUGGGGUCUCUUAUGGCUAGUGAUGAUGCAAUCUUGGAAACUAUAUCAGGAAGAUUAGUAGAAGCAAGAUCCGUACUGUCAAGUAUAUCUUCGACAGAUCCUUCAAUUGAGCUACGGCAAGUCUGCGGAAAGUUGCUAGCAUGCCUAAUCUCUUGA